GAGGUGAAAAACCAGCGAGAGCUCAGACAGCGAACACAGAGGAUAGUGAUAUGGCCUGGGUUGCUCUUGUAAUCUACUUCCAUAUCACAGUUGUCCUUAUUAUUAUGGAUACAGGACAUGCCACUUUACAUUAUACCAGGAUGAUGGAAGCUACUGCUGCAGGAGAUAUCGUCAUCGCAGGACUCUUUCCCAUUAAUGAGGCUGUAGAAGAAAAAAAUAACUCUUUCACACUACAACCACAGCCAUGUAUCAGGUUUAGCGAAAGAGGCCUGAUUUUGGCUCUGGCUAUGAUCAAUGCUAUCGAGGUCAUGAAUACGUCCCCUCUGCUCAAGGCUAUGAACCUCACUCUGGGGUACCUAAUUGUGGACUCUUGCGCUGAUCCCAGCACAGCUCUGAGGCACACAGGAGACUUAAUGCAGCGGGACAACUGCUACACAGAGGGCAACACCUCUGCCUGUGGACAGCCGGUCAUGGCUGUUAUAGGUGCCUCUCACUCUGAAGUAUCCAUCGCCAUCGCCAGGCAACUGACACUCCAGAUGAUUCCUCAAAUCAGCUAUUCAUCAACUGCUGUCAUUCUGAGUGAUAAGAGCCGCUUCCCUUCGUUUUUGAGGACUGUUCCUAAUGAUGAAUUUCAGACAGCUGCCAUGGUCAAACUGCUCCACAUCCACGGCUGGAACUGGGUGGGAGUAGUUACCACAGAUGGAGAUUAUGGCCGAUCAGCUCUGGAAAGCUUCGUGUCCCAGGCCUCUGUAAAGGGGAUAUGUGUGGCUUUCAAAUCGAUUCUACCUCAGUCUGUGACCAGUCAUGAUGUCUACUCUGAAAUCCGGGUCGCUGCCACAACCAUCUUCAUCAAUCCCAAGGUGCAGGUCAUUGUGUCUUUUGCCAAGUCAACUCACAUGAGGUAUAUUUUCCAGGAGCUGAAGCAUCAGACACUGAGAGCAGGACAGAGAAUGGAGUCAAUGAGAAGAGUUUGGGUGGCCAGUGACAGCUGGUCCUCCAGCAACUCUGUGGAUGUAAACGCGACUCUGAGGGACAUAGGACACGUUGUGGGCUUCACCUUCAAGAGUGGAGAAGUGUCAUCAAUUGAGGACUACCUGAGCCGGCUGGAGGCAGCUGGACCUGAAUUUACAAGGAAUAACCCCUUCAUGAAGGAGUUCUAUUUGCAGCUAAAUGCCAGUAAAGGGUUUGAGGACACUAAGCUUAUUUCAGAAGCUGUGCAACAUCUCAGGCAACACACUCAUGCCGCCACUAUCCUUAGUGUUGAGAUGGCUGUCAGUGCCACUUCUCAGGCGGUGGCUUCUGUCUGGAGGAGCAGAGACAGCAAAUCACCAGGCACGAUGCAACCCUGGGAGCUGCUGAAACCUCUGUUAUUCCAAGAGUUUGAAUUUAGAGGAGAAAACUAUAAGUUUGACAGCAGCGGUGACAUCAACCUGGGCUACGACCUGACAAUGUGGUGCUCAGAUGGAGGAAAUAAUCAUUUCACUGAGGUUGUGGCUGAAUACCACCCAUCCACCAACGACUUCACUUACACCAAUGUGAGCACCCAGCACAUCCAGGACCUUCAGCACAUCAUCUCCAAGUGCUCCAAUAGCUGCGUCCCUGGAGAGUUCAAAAAAACUGCCGAAGGUCAACACACCUGUUGUUAUGAGUGCAUCAACUGUACCGCAAACUACUACUCGAAUAAAUCAGAUAUGGAUCAGUGUCUGAGCUGUAACAUAAGCAGAGAGUGGUCGGCCGAGGGAAGCUCCAGCUGCACCCCCAAAGUCGUGCUCUUCUUCUCCUGGCAGGACAGAUUUGCUGUGGCGCUCCUGACCUUUUCUGCCCUGGGCAUCCUCCUGGCUUUGAUGGUGUCAGCUCUGUUUUUACAUCAGCGCGACACUCCUGUAGUGAAGGCUGCCGGAGGGCCACUGAGCCACGUCAUCCUAUUCUCUCUGGUCAUCAGUUACAUCAGCGCCGUGCUGUUUGUCGGUCGGCCCAACAGUUUGCAGUGUAAGGCUCGACAGGUGCUCUUCGGUCUCAGCUUCACUCUGUGCGUCUCCUGCAUCCUGGUCAAGACCCUGCAGAUCCUGCUGGCCUUCCAGUUCAACCCUGCAGUGCAGGGGGUUCUGCGGAGGCUCUUCAAGCCGUAUGUCAUUGCCAGCCUCUGUGUGGCCUUGCAGGUGAUUGCUUGUAUCAGCUGGCUAGUCAUCAAGAGCCCAUCUCAUGAAAUCGUCCUGCAACCAACCACUAUACUGGAGAAGUGUAACGAGGGCUCAUAUGUGGCCUUCGGGGUGAUGUUGGGCUACAUAGCUUUCCUAGCGCUUGUGUGUCUCAUCUGUGCCUUCAAAGGCCGCAAACUUCCACAGUUCUACAAUGAGGCAAAGUUCAUCACCUUCAGUAUGCUGCUCUACCUUAUCUCCUGGAUGCUCUUUGUUCCAGUCUACGUUUCCACCUCAGGAGUUUACCUUUCGGCUGUGGAGAUGGUGGUCAUUCUCAUGUCCAACUACGGCAUCCUCAGCUGUCAUUUCUUACCAAAGUGCUACGUUAUCAUUUUCAGGAAGGAACAAAACACCACGAGUGCUUUCAGAAACAAUGUGUAUCAAUAUUCCAGCAAAACCUCUGAAUCUAUCUCCAUAUCUGGGAGUUCAGUGUCAGAGAAACAGUCUAUCGGUCGGGACUUCAUCUGUGCUCUGCCCCCCUCUCUACCUGCAGCUGGUUCCCUCGAAUAUGGAGUAGUGACAAUGGGAACGAGCAGCACAAGCUUACACAGAGGGCCAGCAACACAACACUUCCUCAGAAGAAGCAGCAUAUAACUGUCAUUACUCAAAAUGGGUUGUGAGGAGGGACGCAGCUAUUUAACUUUUACAUUUUUCCGGCCCGAUAGAGAAACUGAUACCUUGCCUUUGGGUAUGGGCCAAUAAACAUUAAAGAUGUUUUAUUAAUCCCCUGUAUAUGUAAUUGUGGGAAAGACACUGGAGCAUUUUUCAUGUGUAAUGCAACAACAGGCGUGGCUUGAACAUUUCUUUGCUAACUUUGCAAAACAAAAGGUAGGGUGAAAUCGGGGGAAAUAUUCCAAUAUCUGUUUUUCAAAUCAGACCAACAAAUUAUACCUUUCCCUAAUGCAGAAUAUAUAAUGGAGAUAUCAUACUCAGAGGAGACAUGGGACAUAUGGUGCUGAAAAAGAAAAUUCUGCCGGAAUUUAAUCCUCUGGGAGAGGUCACUUUGUAAUGGGACACUUGUAUUAGGUCUUUGUCACUUUGCUUUAUGCUUGUCAAUAUCAAUAUUACUUAUUUUUAAGCAUUAUAAAAAAAAGGAAAAUAAAAUAAAUGAGAAAAUGUAUAUUAUUUUAACAUGUAAACAUAAUUUUCAUAAA